AUGGACGCUGCUCGGAAAGCGGCUUUGGAGAGCCAGUGUCAAUCCCUACGUGCUUCUCUCAAGGAAUGGGAGCAUCAAUGGAGUGCCUCCCACGGCGGAUCUAAGCCGUCACGCGAUGCUAUCAAGGCAAAUCCAGAUAUCGCCAAAAAGUACAAAGAAUAUAACAAGCUACGCGACAUCCUCUCGGGAAAGGCCAAGGACGAAUCGACCUCCACGAAACGAAAAUCUGCCCCCGAACCCGCGCAAACACCCGUAAAACGAUCAAAGUAUGUCAACCUCACCGACACGCGCCAAAAGGAAGAUGUUCCCCCAGUGGCGAGUACUCCAUCGCACGACAGAUUCGCACCUAGUCCGGUGGCGCCCACAUCGAUCGGACCUACGCCGCAUAGAGAUGGAAAGGUCCUGGGGUUGUUCGCUUUUCUAGACAAUGGGGCCGUCACGCCCUCGAAGAAAGAUAACGAAGAGAACCGUACCAUGUUAUUAGAAACGCCAAGCAGGGCCAACGAAAUCGAAGACUUUAAGCUGGGAAGGACACCCACGUCGUCGUCGAGGAGACAGUACUUAGACCUACUCGUCACGCCGCUGAAGGCCACCGACGGCAAUGCCAGAGCUGCCCAGACGACGCCGCAAUCGGUAUCUAAACUCCAGUUCGGCACGCCAUCCUUUUUACGAAGGAAGACGUUGCCUGUGGUGGAAGAGACGGAGGAGUACGAGUCGCCGAAGAAGUUGAGGAGGAUAUCGCGGAAACCAUUCGCGCGGGGCCUCAGCGCCAUCGUGGCGAACCUACGCAAGGUCGAAGAGUCUCAGUUCGAGGACGACGAGGCGGCGAUGCGGGAGCUCGAGGCGGAGACUUUUGCGCCGAGAGAGAUAUUAUUCGCCAAGCCUACGAAGCCAGCAUCUGACCCUGUUGUCCCGGAUAGCCAAGCGGGCAAGAAGACGAAGAAGCUUCUGGGUGGAUUUGACGAUGAAGCGGAGUAUGACAGCCCCGUUGAAGAGCAGACAGAUCGAGGACUUCCGAUCAAGGAUUACAAGAAGAAGGGGGCCAAGCGGACUACGAGGAGGGCGAUUAUGCGACCGACUUUUAUUAGGAGGCCCGCCGAGGAGACCGUUUAUCACGAGGAUGAGGUUACGGAUGAGGAGGAUGCCGCGGUGCCUGAGACGCAGUUCGACCCCACUGCUGUACCCGACGAGUUAGAAGAUAUCUCAGAUGGGGGUUCCGAGUUCGCCCCCGAUCCUGCCCCCGAAGCCAACGAGGCUUCCGGGGUCGACAACUUAGUAAAGGCCAUCAGGGCGGGCCGGAAACGGACUGCCAAGGCUCUAGAGGAGGAUCAUGCCGAGGCCGCCAAAGAGGCCAAAGCGAAAGACAAAGAGGAAGGGAAGGUGCGCAAGGUGGCCCGCAAGGUGAACGAAUUGGCGCACGCCAAUUUCAAGCGGUUGAAGCUUAGGAACUAUGGGGCGAAGGGUGGGCCGGGUCAUAAUAGUAGGUUUAGGCGGCGACGUUGA